AUGGAAGGGAUCGAUGAAGGCAAAAAAGAGUUGGCUAGAAAUGCGUGUACCAUGUGCCGGAAACGAAAAUUAAAAUGUGACGGAAAGAGUCCUUGUAAUAGGUGUAUUAAGCUCAACAUCAGCGAAUGUUGCAGUUAUGUGAUCGAUAGGAGAAAAGACAAAAGAAAGAUUAAAGGUGACUCCCUAAUGUUUGUCUUUAAGAACCGUACUCUAAGGGGUCAGGGCACAUUAAAAUCAGGAAGUGGGGAAAAUACAUUUGAUAGGAUUGAAAAAAAUGAUAAAGAAGUAACGCAGGAAAGCUGUACUCAUCAGGAUACAAUUAACCCAGGAACUCAGAAAAACAUUUCAGAUAGGGCGAGAAGAACACAUAAAGAUGAAACGCAGGGAACCAUUCCUUGUAACGAGUUGAAUUUAGAUAGGGAUGGUUUGCUAUUUGUUGAUGAUGAGAGGAGGACCAACCAAAUGUCUAUUGAUUCCGUUUUCGAAAACUUCCAAUUUGAGGGAACUGAUUUCGAAACCUUUCUUAAACUACUGGGUGAUAAGCCCCACUUACAGGAUCAGGAUAAAGGAGAGGAGCACACUCUGGAUUGCAAUCAGGGAUGUGUGCUUCAAGAUGAGAGCUUUCGCUAUCCCUCAAAUGGCUGCAAGAAAAAAAGUGCCCUUUUGAAUGGUAGGUCUAAAAUAAAGGAAAAGAUGGGGUAUGUCUCUCAAAGAUACCAUUUAAUCGAUAUUUUAUUUGAGAAUCAAUUACAUACACCACCCGGCAUUUCAAAACACUACCUCAUUAGAUUAGUGGAUCGCCAUCAAGAUUUGGAAAUAGAAGAAGGUGACAGUGAAGAGAAAUUUUUAUUAGCUACUGUUUUAUGUCUUGGUGCACUAACGAUGAAGAAAAGAGAUAUACUUUCAGAUAGUUCAUCCAAUUCAAAAGCUGGCUUUUCAAACGCAGCGACAAUAGCACAUAAAUAUUACAAUAUCGCAAAAAAUAUGGUCCCGAGUGUCAUCUUGAGGCCGUCAAUUGAUGUAUUUUGUGGAUUAGCUUUAAUGGCAAACUUUAUGUCAAUAAUGAUCUCUCUAGAGGGACAAUUAUAUCUGAGUCUGAAUGCUCUACAGGUUGCUAUCGCUCUAGGCAUAACCAAGAAUGAGUCGGCUCAAGAAUUAAUAAAAUCAAACAUCACAGGCUCUGGCCUGAUAUUAUUAUUCUGGAACGUUUGGUGCUCAUUUUGUAUGUUGACGACAUCUUUGGGAAGAGAGUCUUUUUUGAUGCUAUCACAAAUAUCUACUCCUCUACCCUGCAAGAUGCCAUUAUUUGUUGAUAUUGAUGAGCUCUCUCUGUCUUUUAUGCAGCUACGUGUACAAUUGGCUGAUAUCCAGACAAGAGUCUUUUCUGAAUUGUACGUUUCGGCGACAGUAAAUAUGCUUUGCCUUGAGAAUUUAGAAGGAGAGUUAGAGAAGAUAUCAAAGGAGGUUGAGCACCUACGUAGCUAUCCAAUUUUCGAAGAGAGUUUGUUCUUCCGGAGUCGGGUACUUAUGCUAGAAUUGUCAAGCUUCAGAGCACAAACGUGUUUUUUACUAUACCGGCCACGUCUAAUAUCAAGAUAUUCUUUGCAAGCCGUAACAGUCGCAAAUUCAAUUAUACACCAAAUAUGGGGACAUUACACGCAGCAAAAUUCACAUAAUAAAGAUGACAUAAUAAAACACUUGGACUGGAACUUUUGCUAUCCUUUGAGAACGGCAUCGAUAACUUUGUUCAUUUCAUGCCUUAUUCUUCUUCGGUUUAAAAAAUCGACAACAUUUCUUCAGGAGAGAAAUUUCUUCGAGUACAAACUUGCUUUAGAGGUCUUGGGUCAUUUAGUACAGCUACUCCCGAUUCAAAAAAAUCUUCUCGAUCUUAUAACCAAUAUUGAGAACAUAAAAGAAGAUAAAAGUGUGUUAAGACCGGAGCACCCGUAUUCUUUCUGGACUUGCCUAUUCAUAUGA